UUGCAAAUGCUUAUAGCCCUCACUUAUACAUUUGCCCAAGAAAAAGGGAAAUUCAAAAAUAACCCCAACCGUUUAACAACCCUUUGUAAACCCCUAUUCUGCCGUUCUUAAUUUACGCAAAUCUUCUCCUUAUUUUUCACAAUUUCAUAAUUUCGGGCUCAAUCGAUGGCUGCUUCGUACAGAUCGAGACAAGGAUUAAGCACGAGGCCAGCGGCAGUGGGUGGUAAUUCUGAUGAAAUUCAGUUGCGAAUUGAUCCGAUUCAUGCCGACUUCGAUGAGGAGGUCACCGGUCUUCGCAAGCAAGUUCGACAACUCAGAGACGUAGCUCAAGAGAUUGAGUCAGAAGCAAAGUUCCAGAAUGAUUUCCUUAAUCAGCUGCAAAUGACAAUGAUCAAAGCUCAGGCAGGGGUCAAAAACAACAUGAGGAGACUCAACAAAAGCAUCAUCAGAGAAGGAUCAAACCAUGUAAUGCAUGUGGUUCUUUUUGCGCUUUUGUGUUUCUUCAUUGUUUACUUCUUGUCCAAGUUUUUCCGGAGAUGAAGACAGACAGAGUUACUAUUGCAUGCUGUCAUCACUGGUGUACUAAAUUGUGGUUAAAAAAAAAUUAUGUAUAAUACUAAAUUUAGUUUGUGGUUAUUAGUCCCCUUGAAAAUCACAUUGGCAGCAUGUUUUUGGU